AUGUGGAGGACAGCGGGAGCUCUAAUACUAAUACUGCAUACGGUGUUUGGUCAGAGCACCAUCAGAUGGUGCACCAUCUCAGAUAUGGAGCAGAGAAAAUGUCAGGCCAUGGCGCAGUCUUUCUCCGAAGUGUCCAUCCGUCCAUCCCUCAGCUGUGUUAACGGAGCAACAGUCGAAGGCUGCGUUCAGAAACUACAGAGAAAAGAAGCAGAUGCCUUGUCCAUGUUCGGCACUGACAUCUACAGACUUUUGAAGACUGCUUCCUUUAAGAUGGCUGCAAGUGAAUCAAAGGCUGAUCGUACUGGUGCCUCCUACUAUGCAGUUGCUGUAGUGAAGAAAGCCAAUUCUGAAAUCAACAUCAACAACCUGGCAGGAAAAAAGAGCUGCCACACUGGGAAAGGCCGAACCGCUGGCUGGAAUAUGCCUUUAGGAUACCUCAUAGACCAGGGCUACAUGUCUGUGAUGGGCUGCAACAUCCCACAGGGUGUGGCACAUUUCUUCAAUGCGAGCUGUAUUCCCGGAGCAAACGAGGUUGAUGACCCUUUGUCUCUAUGUAAGCUGUGCAAAGGAGAUAAUAAUGGAGCACACAAAUGUGAGAUGAGCAACAAAGAGAGCUACUUCAGCUAUGAAGGAGCUUUCAGGUGUCUGGCUGAAGAUGCAGGACAGGUGGCCUUCACUAAACAUACAACUGUCGAGGAGAACACUGAUGGUCGUGGCCCAGACUGGGCGAAAUUACUGAGGUCAUCGGACUAUGAGCUGUUGUGUCGUGACGGCACCAGAGCUCCUGUCUCUCAAUGGAAAACAUGCCAUCUGGUCCGUGUCCCAUUUCGUGGGAUUGUGGUCAGCAAUGACAUCACUCCCUCUGUGGUGUUCAACAUGCUGACAGAAGGCCUGGAAAAGUCAGGAUUCAACAUAUUUUCAUCUGCCGCGUAUGGAGGAGGAACUGUACUCUUCUCUGAGUCAUCCACCAUGUUUCAGGGAGUGGGGUCAGACGACCCCCAGCAGUGGAUGGGUCGCCUCUAUCAUAAUGCUCUGACAGCCAUGGACUGUAAACCUGAAGGUGUCCUGCGGUGGUGUGUGUUGUCCAGCGGUGAGCAGCAGAAGUGUGCUGAUAUGGCCGUGGCCUUUCAAAGUAAAGGUCUAACUCCAGAAAUCAAGUGUGUCUACAGAGACUCUGUGACUGACUGCAUGAAGAUGAUCAAGAACAACGAGGCCGAUGCUGUCACUCUGGAUGGAGGUUACAUCUAUACAGCCGGCAAAGAUUAUGGCUUGGUCCCUGCUACUGGCGAGAGCUACACAGAUGACCGUGAUGGUUCCAUAUAUUAUGCGGUUGCGGUGGUGAAAAAGAGUAGCAACGACAUCCGUAACCUUAAUGACCUUCGUGGCCGUCGCUCCUGUCACACUGGAUAUGGUCGCACUGCUGGCUGGAACGUUCCCGUAGCAUUGCUGAUGGAGAGAGGCCUGAUCACCCCUCAGCACUGUCAGAUACCCCAAGCGGUGGGAGAGUUCUUCAAGCAGAGCUGUGUGCCAGGUGCCAACCAGCCCGGGUUCCCUGGCAGCCUGUGCAGUCUGUGUAUGGGAGACAGCUUUGGACAGAACAAAUGUGAGAAGGGAAAAGACCUGUAUGAUGGAUACGACGGUGCCUUCAGGUGUCUGGCGAAGGGAGAUGGAGAUGUGGCUUUUGUCAAACAUUCUACUGUCUUCCAAAACACUGAUGGUAACUCUGGGGAAUCGUGGGCAAUGGAUCUUCUAUCUACAGAUUUCCAGCUGCUGUGUUCCCAUGGCACUAAAGCCGAGGUCUCACAGUACAGACACUGUAACUUGGCCAGAGUCCCUUCUCACGCUGUAAUGGUACGGGCCAACACCAACAUCCACGCUGUAUAUGGACUCCUGGACCGCGCACAGACAUAUUUUGGCAGUGAUACAGGUCCUGGUUUCAGGAUGUUUGACUCACAGGCCUACAAGGGCACAGAUCUCAUCUUCAAAGACUCCACUGUUCGCCUUGUGGGUGUUGCUGACAGAAAGACCUACCAGGAGUGGCUGGGCCAGGGCUACAUAGCCUCACUGGUCGACAUGGAGUGUAACUCAUCAAGUGCAGUGGUGUCUUCUGUCUGCCUGUUGCUGAUGGCCCUGUUCGGCUUCAUGCUGACCAACCUCUGAAUGUGACACAGGCAUCCAGCCUCUUCUCCUACUCCCUUCCUCAUCCAUUUUCUCUAUUCCUCACCCCUCAACUCUUUACAUUUCCUGUACAUUGGAACAUGUCCUUUCUACCUGAUUGUGUGUUAUUUUACUAUACAAGAGAAUGGCAUGUUGGAACUGCCUUUGGAUUUAAAUUGUGCUAGUGUUAUAGCAAAUGAAGCACAGCGUCUCUUGUUUUUGGGGCAUAGAAGAGAGUUAGUUGCCAAAGGACUUUCAGCCAGUGUGAAUCAAACAUGUUGACAGAAGGUGUUGCUGCCACUUUGUUUACUGAAGAUGAGCUGCCAUAUCAGUGUAUAUGCUGCCAUCUGUUACAUUGCUUUAGUGGAAAGUGCAUACCUGUCUCGCCAAAGCUAGUUUUAGAAAGAACAGACUAUCUUGAUUUUUAACCUCACAUGAGCCACAGAUAUUGCUUUAACUUCUGGUUUACCACAGAGGGUGCUGCUCACAACAUUGGAGAAAAACAACAUUUAUUCCAGGAAACACUGGAUAAUUAACAAAACAGAGUUUUUGUAAUGUAGAUGAAUUGACCCUUUAACCUAAGGAGCUCUAACAGCACUAACAUGGGCAGGAAGUUUACUUUUGAAUGAAUUUAUAUUCAAAUCAACAUGUUCAGUCAGCCAGAAACAAUGCAAAUUUAAAGCUUUCCCCACAGAUACCUUUAACACUGUAUUGAUUGUAACACACUGUAACUUACCCAAGAUCGGCUCCCCCAUUUUUAAAGGCUUCAUGUGAAUUUAAAAGUCAGAUUGCGGUUCUGCUCUGCUGUCACUUGCCCUGUGAGUACUACUAACGAGCACGGCCUUCCCAUAGUUUAGGCUGUUUCUGCUAUAAGCUAAUGCCAUAUCAGUGAAUAUGCACUAGUGUUGCCUCCACACAGAGCUGUGCUGGGGAUGGUGUGAUGAUGAGUGACUGAGUGAUUGUCCAUAGGCUGUCCACUUCAUGUAUUCUCCUCAAAUACCUAAAAAUCAAGAAAAUUAAUACUCGUAUUCAUCUGGUUUAACUUGAUAUUCGACCAAGCCUCCUUGAGCUGCGCAUUGACUGCUGCAUAUUUUCUGACUAUUCUUAUAUUAUUGUUACUAAUCUGAUGCUUUUGGAUGGGAACUGCUUCAGCAGCAGAUAGACAGCAUACCUCCUACCUGCAGCAAUUUCUGACACCUUUUUCAGCAUUUAAAUUGGACACAAAUGGAGUGAGUAACUGACAUAUUGGUCAGGUUCCAUCAGAUUUGGGGAGAACAUAAAGAAAACACCCUGUGGUUUGUGCUGGAGAGUGAAUGAGUUUUUGUUUGUCUGGAUGGUUUAAAUCAAAGAGGAGUUUGUGUCAGGUGAGACAGCAGACUUUCAUUUGUUAAGGUUUAAAUUAAAAACAGAUUUACUUGCAUUUUGUUUGACUCAAUUUAAGAACAUUUACUACAUUUUGGUUUGGAAAAGGAUUUUGCUUAACCUCUAUGCUUCUAACCCAAACUCAAUCCAGAAAUGUGUCUUUCUAACUCUAACCUACCAGUGCUUGUCAUAUCUGUUGUACUUCCUGCUGCUUGAUGCUGUUUCCUGUUUUAAAAUGUUGAUUUGGAUGUGUAUUUUCCUAUGUUGAAAGAUUUAUUUUUAUAUGAAGUUCAGGUGCCAUAUCAGUGUAUAUGUACUGACUCAUGCUGUCAGAAACUAAUGCUUUCUCUUCCUCCUGAUAGAGAUUUAUUUCUAUGUGAAAUGAUGUAACAUGUGACUAAUAUUUAGU